AUUCGUUAUCUUAGCAAGCUGUGCCAAAUGUACAGCAAAUUUGGAAAUCGUGUGCGAGUUCUGAACCUAAUUUCACGCUGUCAAAUCGUACAUUGACAGUUGGUUGAAAAGGCGCGUUAUCUGCUGGCAACACUGUAUGCUAAUUGCAACGGUUUUUCAGAGCCUCCAAAAAGAGAAGCGCCAACCGAUAAACACGAAAGGACGUGCAGUUGUGCUGUGAUAAAACAAAGCUUUCGGUCACGAUAUCGCCUCAUUCUUGCCGGAAAAUGUUUGAAGAGUUGUAAAUCGCCCGGAAAGUGGUUUCUUAGUUGGAAAGUGUGAAAUUGUUCGUUUUUCGCGAUGUCCAAACAAGAGAAAGAACAGAAGGCAAUCGCCGUUAGGACAGCGCGUCUGAACGAUUUGAUACUAGGUCGGUCCAAUGCUGGAGGUGACGCGCUAUUGUCCCACGGAAAAGAGGCCGCCGAUGCGGACCUCCUUGAUGUUGCUCUCAGCCGGGAGGGUCUGCUGGAUACGUUGCUUGUGCUUUACGCCGAAUGUAGCAAAGAUGCGGUCAAGAAAAAGGACAAAAAUAUCGCUGACUUCGUUACUAAAUACCGUUCAAUCAUUCAAGAAACCCGCGAAAGACGAGUGAAUGUACAUGAUUUCGAUGUAAAAUGUCUCAUCGGCAAAGGAUAUUUCGGGGAAGUCCAUCUUGUGGCCGAACGAUAUACGAAACAACUAUACGCGAUGAAAAAGAUGACGAAAGAGUCCGUCUCGUCGACUCAAGUGCGUACUGAACGUGACAUUAUGGCUACAAGGCGUUCGGAAUGGAUCACACCGUUGCAGUACGCCUUUCAGGACCAGCAUUGUUUGUAUCUGGUCAUGGAGUUUUUACCUGGUGGCGAUUUGUUGAGCCUAAUGAUACGCGUUGGUGUGUUCGACGAAGAUCUUGCUCAGUUUUACCUGGCUGAACUGACUGCAGCGCUGCAUUGUUUGCACUCGAUGGGAUUCGUGCAUAGAGACAUUAAGCCGGAAAACAUUUUGCUCGACCGUUUCGGACAUCUUAAGCUGGCCGAUUUUGGGAACGCGACGGCUAUCAAUGAUGAUGGCAGUGUUACGAGUCCAAUGCCGGUUGGAACUCCCGAUUACAUUGCGCCCGAGGUGCUGCAAACAUUGUCGACCGUUGGCCGUUCGACGCAUACUGCCAAUCACGACGUUACCUGCGACUACUGGUCGAUGGGCAUCAUCGGCUACGAGUUCAUAGCAGAGCAAACACCAUUUCAUGGGGACAAUGUGAACGAAACUUAUUCGAAGAUACUCGAAUAUUGCGAAGGGCGUGUUACGAAGAAACUCUCCUACCCGGCGCACGUUUCCAUCUCCGCCAGUUACCGCGAUCUUCUUGGUCGACUAGUGACAAACGUGUCCAAUCGUAUUUCGUACCCGGAAAUAGUACGGCACCCAUUCUUUGGUGAUUUGAAUUGGGAUCGGUUGCGGUACAUGAUUCCGCCAAUUAUUCCAACCGUUGGCAGCGAUGACGAUACGUCCAACUUUGACGAUGUUGAUAAAACUGGCAAACGUAAAGCGUUGCUUGGCCGGAAGCCAACGUAUAACAUCGCACGCAUGAAUGAUUUUUCCGGGCACGAUCUUCCUUUCUUGGGCUACAGCUACGUGCAUGAGACGGAUGCGGCAGGCAUGUAUCGCGAUACGGACGAACACAUGAAAGCGGCCAGGCUGACUGCAAAAGUGAAGGAACAGGAGCGUCGUUUGAAGGAGCACAGUGAGGAAAUUCAUCGUCUACAGAAGGAUGUACUAGAGCGCGAUCGUAAGAUUGUCACCAUGGCGGCACAUAGUAAGAUACUGCAGGAAACGAAAAAGGAACUGGAACGAAUGAAAGAGUUACUGAAGGAGAAAACGGCGGAACUGGCCGCCACCCGUACCGAGAACAAAACUUUGCGCAACAGCUUGAAAAUCGAGAAGGAAGAGCGUUUCAAAAACGAUGCUACGAUUGCCGAUGUGGUGAAGCAGACGUACAAGAAGUGGGAAAAGUCUAAGCAGGCCUCCGAUCAAGCGUACGAGCGACAGUUGGCUGAGAAGAAGACGGAACUUGCCGUAGCAAACGAUAAGCUGCGUGAAGUAUCUACUGAGCUAGUGACGCGGCUGGAGGAAUGUCAGCAUCUUCAGGAAUCCAUCGAAAAUUACAAGGAUUUGCUCAAAAAAUCGAAGGAUAAAUUAAUGACGGACAAGGAGAGCCUUGAUCGCAGUCAGCAGGAGCUAAUGGCGACUUACGAUGCCAAAAUAGCGGAACUACGGGCGAAAUGGAAGGCAGAAAAAGAACAGCGGGCCAUUCUGGAGGUGGAGGUGCGUGAGUUACGCGACAAGUUGCAGGAGGAAGAAUCGACCGUAAAGUUUGUAGCGGAAAGAGAACAAAAGCUGGUCGACAAUAUCAAACGCCGCAUGACGAUGCAGCUGGAGGAAAAUAACAUGCUGCGCGAGGCGAAGCAAUUUUCGGAAAAGAUGAGCGAAGAAAUGCAGAAGAAGAACGAUCAUUUGCGCAGUGAGAUCUGCAAGCUGCAGGAGGAAAAGAAUAUGACGGUAUCGAUCAGCAGUGUGGAGAGUAGCCGCCGAAGCUCGCUGGUGUAUGAGCAAGAGUUCAGAAGUGCUAACUCUAGCUUGCAGGACAUGACGACGGUACUUUCGGGACCGAACACGGAGACACAGCUGCGCAAUGACUUAAUUAAAGCGAGGGAAAGUGAAAAUGAACAGCGUAAACGGGCCGAACACUUAGAGGUAGUUGUCGGCCGGCUAGAGAAGGUAAUUGAUCAGCUGAAGGCAACUGGAACAGGAACAUCUGGCGCAGAAACGUUGCUGGAGAAGCAGAAAGAAUGCUUGGAAGAUAAAUUAUCCGCAAUCCGUGAGCAGGCAAUAUUGGACAAGCAAUCGGCACGUACCGCAAACCUUUCGCUCUGGAAGCUGGAGAAGGAACUAGAAGGCUUACGUGGGGAGAAGAGCAUUCUGACCCGACGCAUCGAACAAGCCGACGACCGUGUAACGCGCAUCCGGCACGAGAAGGAAGAAGUGGAGUUUAAAAUGAAGCAGCAGCAGGAAACCAUUACCAACAAGGAUAAACAAAUCGAGGAUCUGCGUGCGGAUAUGACAGUGUUGAAAGGUGAGCUUAAGAAGGAGCGUGAACUUUGGAGUAAUUCGGAGAAGGAUCGAUUAGCGGAGAAAACGGAACUGAUCGAAUGCUUAGCUAAGAUACAAAUUAUGGAGGAAAAGAUGAAGGAAAGCCAACAGAAACAGCAACAGCUGAACGAUCGGGCCAAACUGUUGACGGUGGAAAACGGACGCUUAGCGAAGGAAUUGCGUGAAGCUCAAGAUGAGCUUGCGGAUGCUACGGAAUCGAGCGAAAGUCUUGAGCAACGUUUGGCUGCUGUUACGAAGAACUUCAACGUGCUGAAGGGCGCGUGUAGCAUCACGGAAGCGCAAAUCACCGAGAUGGAGAUGCUACUCGAAAAAGAAUCAAAGCGCAACAAGGAAUGCGGUGAGCAAAUGGAAGCGCUUCGCAAACGUCUUGCCGAUAAAGAUAGCGAGAUCGACCGUAUCAGACACGAGGCGCAAGAGGAACGUUCUGGUAAAACGUUGAGCGAAUCAAGAACCAAUCAUCUGCUGGCGGAGUACGAAGAGUUGCGCAAGAAAUUUGAAGAACUCCAGCGGCAGAUGGUCGAACAGCAGCAGGAACUGAUCGAGAAGACGAGCCAUCUGUUCGAGGUACAAGAACGUAUUGAAUUGUUGAAUCACGAUGCUGAAAACUUGCAAAAGGUGGUUGCCAACUACGAGCAGGAGCACUACAUCCUGAAGGAAGAGAAUUCACGCAUUCUCACAGAUUUGUUCCUUGCAAAGGAACACAUUACGAAGCAAAGCAACGAGAUGCGCGAAGAGCGUGAUCUAAUCGAACAACUGACCGCUGAGCUGGAGCAUGUGAAACGGGUCCUGCAGGAACAGAAAACAUUCUACACCGAACGGGACAUCAAGAGUGAAGCAACGCUGGCGCAACACAAGAAACUGAUCGAUUAUCUACAGGCGAAGGUGGAGGAGUGCAACGCACACAAGAAAAAGAAAACAUUGGCCGGGUUGAUCUUUGGCACAUCGUCGGCCUGCGAACGAAAGGAAAACGUUGUGCCUAUUGCUAGCGCGUCGAAUAAUGGUGUGCCGGUAGAAUCGACUACUAGCUAUCGGAAGCUGCAGGACGAAUUGCAAAAGGAACGGACACGGACCAACCAGCUUAAAGAGCAAUUGCUGCGAGCGAAAACAGAUCUUAUUGCUGCGGCAAAGUGCAAUACGUUGCAGCAAAAACAACAGAAGGAUGAUGAAAAUCUUGUGGUUGAACGAAGCUGUCGAAACGAAGAUCGCCGAUCGGCGACGACGGAUCGUAAGGAGAAGGAAACGCAACCAACAACGGAACAGCAACGCCGUCGUACUGCUUCUGCAGCGGAAAAGCGUAUCUCCACAGGAAAAGUACAUACCUUUGAUAUGACGAUUGAAAGUUCAUCUUCGGUCUCGAAGCAUCCGGCCAUACUAUGUGCCGCGUGUGAUCGUCAUAUUCUUGCCGGUCAUCCCUACUGGAAGUGUACGGAUUGCAGCAUUACUGUCCACCGGAAGUGUCGUGCCUCCGUGGUGGGUGGAUGUGGUGAAAAGCGGAAGAGCGGAACUGGUGGAGCGGUUGCGGGUAAAGCGAAUGAAUCAUUGGACGACUUUGCGGAGGAGCUCGGAACGGGUGACGACGAAGAGACCGACGUUGAGUCUGUUGGACAGGCAGCGGGACGCAAAAGCCCGGCAUUUUCGAUGACUAGUGCGGAGGAGAAAGCCGAAGAGGAUCACUAUGUAGGAGAUUUGCUAUUCAAAACGAAACGCCUCGAACCGAAGCUGUACGUAAACGAUAUCUACGAAGUCAGUGAUAAGGCCGUACUGUUGGGCUGCGAUACUGGUCUAUAUUCCUACCACAUGGAUACGGGAGAGGUGGUUCAUAUCCGGGGUAUUUCGAACGUGCGCUUGUUUGCCGUUUCACCUGCCAUUCCGAAGGCGAUACUGAUUGGUUCGGACGGUGAAUAUCUGUACCAGUGUGAUCUGCGCCAUCUUCAGAGCCGGGCCCAAGCAUCGGCCUGUUUGCAACCGAAGUUGGAAUCGUUUGUGCUGGAUCUAUCGAUUGCAAACCGUACGCACAGUGAACCUUGGCAUAUUGUGCGCAUGAUGGAAGACAUUCCGGACGGUGGGAAGCUUUCGGAUGCAAUCGCUAUAGCAGCCACCUCGUCUCGGAUCGUGAUCCUAAAGUUCGAUGGACAUGCGGGCCGGUUUAAGCCUGUCCGUGGGCUCGAUACGAUUCUCCCAGUAUCGACAGUACUGUUCACAAAGAAUUCGGCCAUCGUUGGGGCGGACAAGUUCUUCGAGAUCGAUCUAAGUACGUAUGGAGCGGACGAAUUUCUGGACAUGUCGGACAACACGCUGAACGAAGUUAGAAAGUGUGCCCCGUUGGCUGCAUUCCGUAUCAACAGCAAGGAGUAUCUGCUAUGCUAUCGGGAGGUAGGCAUUUUCAUUGACGAAUGCGGUUGGCGUUCCCGACCGGGCAAUUUGAACUGGUUGCAGGAUCCGGUCGAGUUUUACUACCGUGAAUCAUGCCUGUUUGUAGCUCAUGCCGACUGCGUGCAGGUAAUGUACAUUAGCAAGUCCUACAUGAAGGAUUUGGAAUGCCAACAGACCCAUGCCGAUGAUGAGCGGCGAGCAUUCAUUAGUUUACGAGAAUCGCCUCGUCUACUGGCACCGCUGCAGUUUGCUCGUACGUCAAUUUACGUGGCGUGUGAGUGUGGACCGGAUCGCGAACAGGAAAUUGUGUUGCUCGAUGGACUGAAAGCACUGCGGACCGUAGGUUUCAGUCGAUCGCUUGAAACGCUUUCCAGCCUAGCAACGGGAGCUGGACAAAGUCAGAAUUCUUUGUCCACCAUCGGGCAAGGCGUUUGAGAGUGGUGGAAAAAUUAAUCCGAAUCGGAAACAUCUUUGUAUGUAAACAGUUUUCUUACCAUAUCAGCGUACCGUUCAAUUUGGAUUUUGGUUUUUCAAGUUUUCAAGUUUUUUUUACAUUUCUAAAAAUUGUUAGUUUUUUUUCUUCUACCUUUUGUUUCUAAUACUUCCUUUAAUAAAUGUAUUGACUUUGACAAGCCCAGCUGCUUAAUUUAACAAA